AUGCAGCUUAGAAAGCGGAUAAAGGCAGCGAAUGUGAGAGAUGCUAAGGAGAAGGAUGCGGAGAUGGAGAUGAGCGAGCUGUCAACGAGAAUUGAGACGGCGACAUCAAAAUUCACGGCGGCUAGCGUCUCGCAACAACCAUAUUCGUUCUCAUGCCAAGCGGCACCAGCGGCCUCGUCGCGAGCGGAGCCCAGAGAGCCCGACCUCGCUGAGUCGCUGCUCCGCGGCCGCAAACUCACCGCCGUCGCUCACCAGUUGUGGAGAGGAGUGGUGCGGCGCGGCGACACGGUGGUGGACGCGACGUGCGGCAACGGUCACGACACCAUGGCCAUGGCUGCCCUCGCCCUCGCCCCCGCACCACCCAGCGAUGGCGAGGCAGGGAGCGCAGGGGAGGAGGUGAGGGGGCGAGUGGUGGCGAUGGACAUACAGGAGGAGCCCGUCAGCAGAACCCACCGCCUGCUUGCAGCUGGGCUGUCAGACGCGCAGAUGGCUCACGUGCACACGGUGUGCGCCUGCCACUCCUCGCUGCUCCAACAUGUCGCCCCUGGCUCUGCACGACUGGUGGCGUUCAACCUUGGUUACCUGCCUCGGGCCCACCACGCUCCUCCCACCGCCGCUGCCUCUCCCACCACUGCCCCUGAGGGCAUCACGACACAGCCGGGGAGCACGGUGGCAGCGCUGCAGGCAGCAGUGGUAGCGACAGCGGUGGGCGGCGUGGUCAGUGUCAUGGCCUAUGUGGGCCACCCAGGGGGCAGGUGA